CACCCUUCAAUUCGAUUGUUUGAUUGGAAGAGGAAGGACCGUGGUGGCAGAAAUCAGGUGUUCUUUGUGUUCGUUCGCCUUGAGCGGUUUCACAGGUUUGGGAACGGAGUGUGUGGGAAAGACGAGAAUUUUUGGUGGUUUUGUUGGUGAUUGGUUUGUUGAAAUCGGACUGGAAUUAUGGCUACUGGUUGUUGCGGCACGAAAAAACAGAAAUUGAAUAAUUCAUCCAGUGUACCAUCCUGCAACGGCACCUCCGUUUCUAAUCAAAUGGUUGCCUUGCCUGAAAUGUGUUUCUUUUGUUUUGAUGUGCUUUAUUGUCAUCUUUAUAACCUUGCUCCGCCAAAAACUCCGUCUUUCAGUAACGAUGCCUAUCCUCUGUUUGUGACAUGGGCCAUUGGGAAAGACAAGAGACUCAGAGGAUGUAUCGGUACAUUUAAUGCUAUGAAUUUGCAGUCUGGGCUUAGAGAAUAUGCAAUCACCAGUGCUUUUAAGGAUUCCAGAUUCAGUCCAGUGACUAGAGAUGAGUUUCCAAAAUUGAGUGUGUCUGUUUCUAUUCUCAGACAUUUUGAAGAUGGAGAGGACUAUCUUGAUUGGGAAGUUGGUGUUCAUGGAAUUAGAAUUGAGUUCAUCAAUGAGAAAGGAAAUAAGAGGACUGCUACAUAUUUACCUGAGGUUGCCUCUGAGCAAGGCUGGGAUCAACUCCAAACAAUCGAUUCCCUUCUCCGAAAGGGAGGCUACAAAGCUGCCAUUUCGAACGAGGUUCGUCGCACAAUAAAACUGACCCGUUAUCAAAGUGAAAAAAUAACAGUGACUUAUCAGGACUACAUGAAUCAUUGGAACAGUCAAAGAUGCUAGCAAAUAGUGUGGGGGCGUCCCCAACAGGCCACGCCCUCACAGCCGUUCUACUCUCACUCAGUGCCCUCCUCCGCGUUCCUGAUGGUCCAGCAGCCUUUGCCGCUUCCAGCCUACGAGCCGACUACCAGCGUCGCCAUGUUUCAACCCGUGUUGCCGGCCAGUAACACGUGGUGGGACCAUUAUCCGGGACCUUCGUACCAACGGGAAUUUCCAAUACUGUCGCCACCUAGCAGUUACAGCGGAUAUCAAGCGUCUCCUUUUCGUAAAAGGAAGUGACCGUUAGUGUUACUUGCAGCGAUGCUGAUUUGUUGCACAAUGUGCAGCCAGACAGGGCAGUUUUUCAUGUCUAUUAUAUAGGUUUUAUGAAUAAUUCAUUUUCUUAAGGAGAAACUUGGCACUUACUGCCCCAUUCGCUCAGGUUUUCUUUUUUUCAGGUUUUUGACGAUUUUUUCAUGAUUAUUGAGAAAAUAUCCUUAAAAAGCUUAAAGGGUGGGGGAAGGUGUCGGAAAGGAUUUCAUUCAAUUUCAUCAGAGGCAAAUUGUCAUUAAAAAUUCAUUCUGAUGUGAAGUUGAAUAAAAAUAAUGGCCAUAACGAUGCAUCAUUAUCAGUUGAUUUCAAUUCUUAAGGAAUUGAGUCUAAUAGGUUAUUUACCUUAUCUACCACAAGCUAACCCUUCCCCAUCUUUGAUGCAGACACCGACAGGUUCGGGGAUAUUUUAUUGUGUCCUCAUAUCGGUAACAUUACCUAAACUUUCUUUGGCAGCCGUACCAGAUGUCCUCAUGCAUUUUACACAUUGUCUAACAUUUCAUUUUAUACAAGGUGUAGAUAUGGAUAUAAUUCAGCAAAGGUCGUUCGUUCAUUUUGAAUCAUAGAUAGGUCGAUCUAAUAUCAAAGGAUUUUUUUUUGCUACCGUUUGGGGCACUUCUCAACUUGCAUUUUGUUAUUUCCAUCUCAAUAUAAUAAUUUUCAUGACACCUUCCCUUGCUUUUUGUUGAUGAACACCGAAUUUCAAUUUUGUAGACUAAGAGUAUUUCAUAGGGCUAAGUGAUGUUGGUAGGGCGCGUGAUACGUCAACGAUUAUUGAAUUUAUCACAUUCAAAAUCGAAUUGAUACUUCAUUACAUAUAUGUAUAUCUAUUCAUAUUAAUUUUGUUAUACGAAGUUUGCCAGUAGUUUUCAUUUUUAUAUUUGAUUUGAUUUUUAUAUUGUUAAGUGAUAAGAAAAUCUCAAUGUUUAUAACAAGAUCAUGUGUGGAAAAAACGAAUGGUAAAGAAGUUUAUUUAAAUUGGGUGGCCUGAUUUCGGGACCCGUCGUCGAUUAUAAUUUCUGUUUUA